AUGACUGGAAUCAAACGGCUCAUCGGCAUGAGCGCGAAUGGCGUUGUUAUCGGCUGGGGGGGAGAGGAGAUUUCCGCGCAAGCUGUGUGGGCGGAACGGAGCCAGCCCUUGUGCGAAGUGAGCGAUCUCAGUGGCUUUGGCCAAUCUCACCAUCAGGCGGGCGGGGGCGGCGAUGGCGAGACUGGUGCUGAUGAGGAUCGACGGGUCCCAAGGCUGGCUAAAGGGCGGCUGCUGCUGCUGGUCGUGGGGUCUGGGACUGAGACGGCGGAGGACGGAUCGACAGACUGGUGA